AUGUCACCGGGUCCAUGGCUAGUCGUAGCCCUUGCUACGGGCCUGUUCGGCCGUUGUGGCGCGCAAACGACUUGGAGGAAUCAGAUCAAUAUCUCGAUGUGCACAUGGGAAGAACUUCGAGUCAGCACAAUCCGCGAUACCGUCUACCUUGACGGUGGACAUCUUUGGUGGCAGCUCGGUUAUAGCGAUGGCUCAGUCCUUCCGGUGAAUCCAGACAACUAUGGGGGUUUGCUCUACUAUCUGAAUCUUUCCGCUUCAUUCGAUACGGCGACUACAAACCUCACGGCGCUGUUUGGUAGCAUCCCCAAGUCUGGGGGAAUCGCAAAUAAUCUAGCGCCUACCUAUCAUGAUGGUGUCAUGUUCGCGAAUGAUGAUAAAUUCUAUCUCUAUGGUGGUCUUCUCCUACCUACCGCUAGCCAGAGCCCACCUGAUGGCAAUGCCAUUCUCGCCUAUGAGAGAUAUCAAUAUGGCCCCUUCCUCAAUCUCUGGCAACCCGGCUUCAUCAACACUGACCUUGACAAUGAUGUGACACGAUAUAUUACAAGUGGAGCAGGAGUCUCCUCCCCGAGUGAGAAUCUUGGUUUCUAUGUGAGUGGUAUGCGCGCGCCAAACUGGGGUCCCAUCUACGAUAAUCAGUCGGCUACCACUCUCUCCAGCCAAAUGAUCAAGGUCGAUAUGUCACAGAUGCGGGAUAGCAGGUGGUACAAUGUUUCCCUCCCGCAGUUCGUCCCCCCACGUGCAAAUGCAGAGGCUGUUUGGAUUCCCGUAUCCGAGCAGGGCAUUCUCGUCCUGAUUGGGGGGGUCAUAUACCCGGAGUUCAUUUUCACCUCCAGUGGGCUAGAUAGUGGACAGCAAAAUGCUAGCGAGCGCUCGAGCCCAGCAUUUAUGGACACUGUGUCCAUUUACGACAUCGCCAACGACCAAUGGUAUCUGCAGAACACAACAGGGGAUAUCCCCCCCCAGCUAACGCAGUUUUGCUCCGUCUAUGCGACUGCAUCCGAUGGCACGUCGCACAAUAUCUAUAUCUAUGGUGGAUAUGAUGGUCUCAGCCCGACUCAUAUCCCGUCCGAUGAUGUCUAUGUGCUGUCUCUACCCUCAUUCGAAUGGAUUAAACUGUACAGCGGAGACAGUAGGACCCACGGCCGGAAGGCGCACAAGUGUGUCAAGCCUUACCCAGAUCGCAUGCUCGUGCUCGGAGGUUCAAGUAUCGACCCUUCGAGUUGUAUCGAUAUGAUCCAGGUAUUCAACCUGAACACAGGGAGAUUUCAAGACACCUAUAAUCCCGCUCAAUGGAACACGUACCAGGUACCUGAUCUAGUUUCCGGGAGGAUCGGUGGCGAUUCCACUGGAGGCGCAACAAAAACCGCUCCGAAUUCCUGGACUAAUUCCUCUCUGGCCCAGGUUUUUGCCGCUUCAUAUACCAAAACAAUUGCAACCUGGUAUCCUUACAAUACCACUUCGCACAAUAGCACUCCCACACCCGUCCCAGUGCCUUCGGGCGGCUCAUCGGGAUUCCCUGCCUGGGCUGGCGCUAUCAUUGGUGUUCUUCUCGGGCUCCUUCUCAUCGUCGCUGCAGCUGUUUUCUGGUUUCUACGGCGCCGGCGAAGCUACCAAGGUUCGCGCCAGACAAGUGCAGUAUCGGGUAACCAGUUCCGCGCGAUGCAGGGGAUGUAUUCUGGAGCGUCUGCUACGGACGCACCAAAAGACCACGAGACAACCGUUUCUUCUACAUGUACCAAAGACAGUGCAGUGGAGCAGUCAGUAGCCACAACGCACACUACUGCGGAGGCCGGAAGUGAACCGUUAUAUGAAGUACAUGGUACCAGCUCUCCACCUCCCGUCGAACUUCCAACACCUUACAAUGAGAUCUCGCUACCAAGCCCAUCGUUAAUAUCGAGUACUUGCCGAUCUGGAUACGUAUCUCCUAUCUUUGUAGACAUCCCCGAAGAGGAGACUACCGACAGCCAACCUCCCCGGCCAACACACCGGCGGCAUGUGUCCAGUCUUUCGAGCGCCCGCUCCCUGUCCAUAGCAAACAGAAUGUAUGACGAUCAAGAUGGGAGACUCUCUGAACGAUCCAGGUAUAUUUCGGGUGCUUCGGAAGCGAGCAUUAGCUCUAGCGGGAGUCAAAUAAGGGAAGAAUCUAAAAACACUAGUGGCCUCGAAGAUAUUCAAGAUACCGAAAAGGAAAAAUAA